UUAAAGAAAAAGGAAAAAGGAAAAAGAAAAAGAAAACUUGUGCCGCAGAGUUGAGUUCGACGGAAAAGAAGACUCUGGAAGCUCCAUAACUGCAGAGGUGAACAAAGCUCAUAACAAGCCCUUCUCUCUCUUGUUUCGCCCCCAGGAUUCUGUUCUCUGGGUAAGGAGAAAUUACUAAUCUGAAAAAGAAAGAGAGAAUGCUGGAAAAGGGUACUUGGUCUCACAAGCCUCAAGAUCUGUUUUCUCCAUGCAAUAGUGACUCAUGCAAAGAACAGAAAAGGCCAACAUCAGAUAAUACAAGGAUGUCUGAUCAUUGUUUCAAAAGCAGCAAUGUAGAUUCUAGUAGUAGCGAGCUUUGUGCAGAUGAUACCAUCUUAGGAGACAAGUCUGUGGUGGAGGAUGAUAGUGUGUCUCAAUAUCCAAUCAAUCACAUAUCUCAAACUGAUAAUGAACUCAGCUUUCUUGAUAAUGAUGGGUGGCUCAAUAUAGGAAACUUUGAAGAUAUUGAUAGGAUGAUGUUGAAUUGUGACUUAACAUUUGGAAUGGGGAGCCUAAAUAACGAAGAAGAGUUCUGCUGGCUCUCAUCUUCACAUGGAACUGAAGGAUCUGAUGAUGCAUUGAAGUCUGAGUUCAAGUUUUCAUCUGCUGAAGGGAGUCCAUCAAAGAGAACAUCAAAUUAUAAUAUAGACACGGAUGAAAAUAUUGAAGAUCUGCCGAUUAAUGAUAAAAUAUCUCCUAUUGAUAAAAUACUGACAUCUCAAAUGGAUGCUGAUCAUGAUGCUGUUCCUUCUUCAUUAUCAAUGUUCCAUGAAUCAGACAUGAAAUCUUGUAAUACAGAUGACUUGAUGCCUAAACCAAAGAUGCAAGGGAAGCUAUCAAAGCCAUCAACUGGAAAGAGAAAAAAUGGCUACCUAGAAAAUGGUGAUUCCGAUCAUCCUCAUGCUCAUGUGGAGCAAAAUCUGAAGCAAUCUUUUGGAGCCUCUUCCAGUGGGAUCACUUCACAGGAUAGCAUCCAUGAACACAGACCAAACAUGGAUUCUGUAGGACAUAUACAAAUGCACUCAGACUAUAGUCGUUCUUCAAAUUAUACUUCUCUCCUUCCAACUUUGUCUGGAUCUAGGUCUGAACAUGAUGGACAACAUCCAUCUCCUUCUUUUAAAGAAUCAUCAUACACAUCAAACAUGGAGAGUUGUCGUGGUAAUCCUUUGGAGGCUGCUGUCUUGAAAGCAAAUGAUGAGAGAGAACAAUUAUAUCUUUGUCAUGAUGCACAGCUAUUAAGUAUGGGUUUUAAAAGUGAAAAUAUGGCAAAUCCUGUGCCACUUGAAAGUCAAGGUUCAGCUCAGAAGGUAGGUCAUCAGGUUGAAAAUGAAAAUGAAGGUCACAGUGAAGUUGGGGGAGUUAACAUAGGAUUUUCACAAGAAAUAGACUCAUCAAAUGUGCAGGAAAGCUCAUCUAUGAGCUCUGCACUGGGUGAAACCUCACUUGAAGCAAUGAGCUUUCACCAGCUUCAACAGGUCAUGGAUCAGUUGGAUGCUAGAACCAAACUGUGCAUAAGGGACAGUCUAUACCGGUUGGCUAAAAGUGCUGAACAAAGACAUAAUGAUGUCAAUGCAAUUGGUCAAAUUGGUGAUGAUGUUGGAGUGUGCAAAGCAGUAAUGACACAGGAUGGCAACAGGUGUACGGACUUCAUGAAUAUUGAGACUAAUACAAAUCCCAUUGAUCGGUCUGUAGCACACUUGCUGUUUCACAGGCCUUCAGAUCCAUCAAUGUUGCCUCUUAAUGAUCCUUUACCUUUCAAACCCAGUUCCAUGGUACAUGGAUCGGUGAUCAAUCCACCAGUAGUGACAGAGAAAUUGGUUUGUGAGGCAGAAUCUUCUGCUGGGGUAGAUAAGUCUUAAGGGUUAACAGGUGGUAGAAGUGAAACUAGCGUGGGCGGUUUUUGGGGGUAGUCUUCCUUUCAUGUCAGUCAUCCUAUCAUACAUGAUAUAUAAUUAUUCGAGACUUAUUCAUAUACCUUUGUUAGGGAUUCAUUUUUUUUUUUUGCAUUUGAUAUCAUUAUAUUUAUGUAUAAUUAGCCGAUCAUAAAUCUAAGGUAGUGUAUGUUAGUUUUUUUACGUUAAAUAUACAAUUUUCUGGCGCAGAUCUUUUAAUUUGAUAGGCAUUUAGCUAUUCGAAUCCAAUGGUCUCCAUAAUUG